AGGCAGGCAGGCGGGCACAGACGAGAGCCUGUGUGUCGUCGUCGUAAGUGCCUGCGUAUAGAGCGGCGCGGUGGGUUCUCCCGUGUCUGUCGUCAUGUCCUGGCAUAGUCGCAUCAUCGUAAUACCGUGGCAGCCUUGCACCGAGGCGGCGCAAGUCGAUUCCCGAUUCGCGUGAUCCCGUCGUCUCUCGUCCGCCAGCAGCAGCAGCCGACCCUGGCGCGCCGUCGAUGCCUUUGUUCGCGGCCGGGAGGUGGACGGACACGAAUUGUCGCGACGACGUAGUGAGGAACGGCGCAAGGACGAAAAACGUGCGGAUGAAAAGGAGCCUGGUUUCGUUAGUCUAGCUAGUAGCUAGCAGUAGUGAGUAGUAGACAAGUGAAGUGUACUCGCGUGAGAGAAGGUGCGAUAUAAUCUUUCUCUCUCCCACUCUCUGUGUCUCCUUCGUCUCUGUCUCUUUUCCUCACUCACUCUUAUUCACUCUCUCUCUCUCUCUCUCUCUGUCGGGUGAAACGGCGCUCCACACCCCGGCGCGGUCCUGGACACGUCUAAGAGAAGGAGACGACGACGGUGUAGAAGGAGGCGCGGAGGAGCCGACGACGACGACGUCGAGAUGCGCGAGUUCAAGGUGGUGGUCCUCGGCUCGGGCGGGGUGGGCAAAAGCGCACUCACUGUGCAAUUCGUGUCCGGUUGCUUCAUGGAGAAGUACGACCCGACGAUCGAGGACUUCUACCGCAAGGAGAUCGAGGUGGAUAACUCGCCGUGCGUGCUCGAGAUUCUCGACACCGCCGGUACUGAGCAGUUCGCGUCAAUGCGCGACCUCUACAUCAAGAACGGCCAGGGCUUCGUCGUGGUGUACAGCCUGACGAAUCACCAAACCUUUCAAGACAUCAAGGCGAUGAAGGAGCUGAUCACGCGUGUCAAGGGUACGGAGCGCGUGCCGGUGCUCUUAGUGGCGAAUAAGCUCGAUCUGGAGCAUCAACGUGAGGUCGGUACCGAGGAGGGUCACCAGCUCGCGCAACUCUGGGGCUGCCCGUUCGUUGAGGCGAGCGCCAAGAAUCGCACUAACGUCAACGAGGUGUUCGCCGAGAUCGUGCGCGAGAUGAAUUUUAGUCCUGAGAAGGAGAAGAAGACCUAUUGCUGUUGCAGCGUCCUCUAAUACUUAAUCAAAACCCUCACUGGCCCAGAUUAUUUACUCGCGGACCGAACUAGGUGAAGAAAAAUUACAGUGUGUACAGUGCUACGGAGAAGAGCUUGUCUCGAGCUCAUCGACGUGUUUCUUCAUCGUCCUGAUGGUUCUCCUCACGGCUUCUUUCUUGACCUUAGGAUGCCUCGAGGGAAAUACAGUGUACAGUGGCUUUCGGGUAUCUUGUAAGCGUGUUUCGUCGGAGAACCUGCCGAAAAAGGUUCUUCCAGCCUUGGGACGUGCUGUGCAUUCGUCAAGGCUGGCUCACAUUGAACGCUGUAUAAUUUUUCCAACGGGGAUUAUGGUUCUCCUUUUUCUAACUUUUGGAAGACCGUCCUACGAGAACGACGGCCGCGUUAAACACAGAUAUUUUAUUAUACGCGAAUAGUAUUAUGUAUGUAAUAUUAUUGUAAUAUAUUAUAUAUAUAUAGAUAUAUAUAUAUAUAUAUACAUAUAAAAUCUAGAUAGAUUUAAGAGAGAGAGAAAAAGAGCGAGCGAAAGGUAGCUUUACCUCGGCAAAAGGACCAAUACUCUGCUCGCGAGAAAGACGAAGGUAUCGAAUACCGCGAAACCAAAACUCAAUAUCGGCUUUCUGCUCAAUUUCAGACAGAAUCGUCGCACGUAGAUCCCGCGUUCUGAUGUAACAAAUCAAGAUUAGGUGCUGAGCCGAAAAUUGAAUACUCGCAGACUUUUGAAGGAAUCACUGUGAUGGUCGAUCUUUCUAGCAUGGUGAUAGAUUCAGCGAUAAAAAGCUAAGCUAACUAAUGUUCGAAUAAAGGUUCAAUUUGCAUGCGAAUGUUACGCAGUCCAUCUGAUUCGAAGAUAGGAAGAUAAAAAAAAAAAAUCGAUAUGGUUUCGAGAGUACUCUUCUCUGUGCAAUUGUUCUGUGUUAAUUUAAGCUAAGGAGGCUGAUUAACGAGCGAGAUGUCAUAAACGUUUUUGUACGAAACGUUUGUUAUAGUGACAUUAGUAUACAGGGUACCUUAUUUGCUUAAUCAUCUGAAAUGUCUUUGUUGCUCUCAAAAUCACAAGGAAGUGUUUCGGAAGCAAACUAUUUAACACGAGGGGCACUCUGAUAAUAACAUUCGAGUUCUUUUCGAGGCAAAUAAUUUGUUUUUGAAACAUUUCAGAAUAUUUCGAGAUAUGUCAGACGAUUAAACGAUCCUGUAUGUCGGUUGUACAGUCUUAACACUGAACUAUUUUACCGUGCGCAAGGGAAGGACACAGAAUGAAGUUUUAUAUACGACACUUUAGUGGUUAACGGAUAACCCAUUUGUUGUGAGAUUUCUUGUGAUCCGUUGUGUAGCAAAUACUAAUGUUUGACUUUCAUUUUGCUUUAAUGUCUGUUUGAUACGCGAUAUUGUACUUGUAAACUCUAAUGCAGGAGGAGUGAGAAAACUAACACGUCUCAAUGAUCACAAAAUUGAAUUUUAAUGAACUAAAGGCCGUAACUGAAAGCUGCUUUUAGUUUGUUAGAAUCUAAGGUCUCAAACUAUAUUAUUAUACGAUGACGGGAAUAUUAGGAGAAACGAUUUCGUAUAAAGUUAGUUAACGUAACAAUGUCAAUCUAAACUUGUAAUUUGUAAGCUUUGUACGGUUUGUACAAGAGUUUGUAUUAUAUAGGCCGCAAGACUGCACACUUGAUCACUAAGAUUGAUGAGUGAUCUUUUUUAACGAGUGAUCUUACACACCAAAAUGAUGGAGCACAAUAGUUUAUUCGUAGUAGAGUUAAAAACAUCGCGUGUGAGCUCACCAAUGUUUCACACUGAUCCCUUCAACUGCAAAAUUACGUAUAUACUUAGUGUUCAUCGCCGAUAAAGCACCAAGAUGAAAAGUAUUGUAAUAGCAGAAUUAUAACUUUUUUUUUCAAGAAUAUUAUUUUUAUCUCUAAGCCUCUAUGUGAAAAAUUAUAGAAUUGCAUUUGAUUAAAAGUUUCUUACAACGUCAUGCAAAGGAAAUUUAGAAAAAUACUAAAAAUGUCCGAAAAUGCAAUUACAAUACUUUUCAUUAUUACCAUUGCAUUCGAAAAAGAAAUAUGCAGACUCUCCGAAACUGUUGUUGAGUUCAUGAAUGUAAAAAGUUGUUGGAUGUAAAGAAAUUAGAGCAAUUAUUCUGCUUCUUAUGAGUGACUCGUGAAAUUGAUCGAGUGUUAAUAUUUUAAAAGUUGCUUUAUAAACUUAUUUUAAAAAUGUUAUGCAAAAUUUCUAUAUAUAUGUUACAGUACUAAUAAAUUGUAAUGUGUUAUCUGCAGUAAUUUUUCAGUAACACAAGCUGUUAAAAUUUGCUUUUAUAUUCUCCUCGAUUCUUUUUAUAUUAAAAAAUUUGAUGAAACCUUUAAAACGAUUUGUCCUUUCGAUGAAUUUUGCGAGUAACUAUAUUAGUAGUAGAUAACGUGUGUAAUUUUUUUUGUGUGAUCAAAAUCGUAUUAUCCGAUGUUAGAUAUCGCUUCUCGAUGAACACAACGUAACAACAGUUACUACAUGUUAUUCAGUUCGGUGCAUUGUCAUACAAACCUUUGGAUGUACCAGGAUUUCUUCCUGAAUUUUUAUAUUCUUGCGGAAUUAAAUGUUUUCCUUUUUCUAAAUUUGAUUUUUAGAGAAACCUCAAGCUAUCUUUCACUGGUGCUCAAUGUGAAUUUGUUAGAUUAAUUUUGUUUUUUAUUCAAAUCGUAUUUAUAAUUUUGAACAAAUUUAGAAUAUCGUAUUUAAGAGACAUCCAAAGGUUAAAUGCAAAACAAGGAAGGAGAACAAGUCGUUCGUUUAAAAUUAAUAUCUUUUUGUUAAUUUAUUAGAAAAUAAUGUCCCGUUUUUGCAACAAGAUAUAUUUUCAAUUUGUUUAAAUCGUGUACGCGCGAUAUUUUCCAACUAAAACUAUGAGAAUUAAGAGUUAAAAAGGACAAAGGAAGAAUGAACUGAUGUACAGUAUUUCUACGAUUGGUAGUUAGAUCGAUCUUAAAUAUUGGAAAGAGAUAUCCGUUCAUAUAUCCUGAGCACAUGUGUCAUUUUGUAUAACGCAAAAACUCGUUUGAUGCAUCUUUUUCUGGAUCCUGUAUUAGGAAAAAAAAAAAAAACAUUAACGAAGCGCCGGAAACUGCGGUCUUAUACUAUCUCGCGGUUUACAGCGAAGAAAGGAAAACAAAAAAGAAGAAAGGCGAAACGUUUCAUAAACCACUAUUUUAUCACAAACUCGUGGAAAAUUCUUAUAGUCUCGCUGUGAUCCCGUAGUCGUAACUCCGCAUCUUUUGUAUAUCGAACAACAAUAAUCGAAGCCUCUUCUCCCGGUUUCGAGCGAAAGGCCUCUUUACAAAGCGUUUUAAUCGUUGUCACCUGACUUCUAUCACACUUCUUGCGUUUUUUCGCCCUAUUUUACAAGGCGACACACACACAUACAUACACUUUUACACAAAGUCCGGAUCACAAAGGACGCAAGGCCGUCAUCCGCCUAGAUAGCUCACCAAGUAUUUAAUAUACUCGAAAAAUCUAUUUAUAUAUUUGUAUAAGCAGAGAGAGAGAGAAAGAGAGAGAGAGAGAGCCGCGUCACAUGUCUCCCACGCGUCAAACUCUCAAUAUUGCACGCGCUAUUUUUCUAAAGCGGCGUCUGAAAAUUUUUAUCGCAAGAAUGGUCUGUGGUAAGAGCGAAUUUAUUUGGAGAGCUAUCGCCGCGGUAGCAAAGCGUCAAGAGCAAAAAAUUGCACCAUGCCUGGAGUCGACCAGCAUAUCAUAUACAUCUAAGGACCAGAAUUGUUUCUAAUCUUCUUCACCUUAUUUUACGAAUCAGUUAUUUUCUUACACGAGGGAAAGGAAAGAUUGAAAAAAGAAAAAAACAAGGAUGACACACCGUGUGUAUACUGUAGCGAUCCGCAGUUCGGAGAUACGUGUGCAUUUGUUAUGCAACCGGGUCACGCACAUAUUAAUAAUUGGAGAAAAAAACAAGAGAAAAUAAGAGCAAGAAAAAAAAACACCACGAUUUAGAUAUGUGUAUAUCGGCCUUUCAGUACUACUACCUGCGUAUCUGAUAUAUUGAGUACGAAAUACGUUAUAUAUUUUUUACAAUGUGAAGAAUCUGUAAAUAUAUUAUAUAGCGAGUCGAAGUAUAUAUAAUAAAAGGUAAUUAUCUUGAAAUUCCGAGGAGAGACGAAAUAUCUCAGAAUGAACAUCUCUUACGGCGAAAGAAAAAAAUGUGCAUUGCGUAACACACCAAGUGCGGUCUCUUUCUUUCAUGCACAGCUGUGCAAAAUGCUUUGUUGUAAUUAUAUGUGGAAAGAUCACGUGGGUAGACGAAGCUAGAAUGCUGGAAUGCAUGCAAAGUUUUCGCUUUACUAAUUUAUCUUGCUGAUUCUUUUCGUCCAUUCUGUAACAAAUUGAGAUAUACAUUUCUGAAGUAUUUUAUAUUAUUAUUCUGUAGUGAAAAAAAAUUGUCUGCUAAUAAUUAUUACUUGAAAAUACCUUCGAUUUAUUUAAAAAAAUAUUAUUGAUUGAAAAAUAUUCGAUGACAUUCUUGAUGAAUUAACUGGACGGAUAAGCAAUCGAUUUAACACGUUUUCUAUGUUGAAUACCAGCAUGAGAAUCUAGUCAUGAACGAAUAAGUCGCGAAGCACUCGUAAAACGCAAUUGCAUUUGCGUUCCUCGACUACUUCCACUUCCGAGCAGAGAAUGAUUAUUGCAAGAAAUAACGCUCUUUGUUUUUCCUUUUCUUUAUCCAAUUGACGAGAUAUUUUUUUUUUUUUUAAGCUUAAAACCGUUCUCCUCGCUCGUUGUGAAAGUACCAAAGGUCUACCCUGAAGAUUUGUCCAUGUGAUAAUUUCAAAAAAUUUAGGCCUUAGUUAUGAAAGAUUUAAAUUUAGAUUGUAGACUGAUGCACAUUUUUUCUUUAUUUACAAUUUUCUUUUAUUUCUUUUUAUUUCCUGACUAUUGUAAUAAUAGCAUUUGACACUAUCGCACAAAUAUAGCAUUAGAAUUCUGAGAUUGAUGACAUGCUACCGAUCGGACAUGCUUCAUCUUGCGAUGAAAAAGUCUUAAUGUAAGUUGUUUAAGUCCACGAAAAAGAGCAUAUGCUUAUAAUUCUACUAUUUUGCUUUAAAUUACAAUGUUUUUGCUGAAGUCAUGUUAAAACUUAAAUUAUUUACGGAAAAUCGGUUUAUAUAAUUAUUCUUAAGCGCAGAAUAUACGCAGCAUAAUAAUAUUCCCGUUGUAAAAAUAUCGAACUUAUUAGGUGAUUAAUCGUAAUUCAGUUUGUACGAUGAUAAAAAUUUGACGUUUGUGAUUAUGGAGAAAGACUCUAUUAAGCUAACGCUCGCAUAUACGUUUUAAAUAAAAUCCUUUUAUAUUUUA